AUGGAGUCCGCGAGGAUGGGGCUUGCUCCGGGUCUCUGCCCAGGGUCUGCGCAACCCAGCAGAAGAAUCCCCUUGUUGAGACUGAACCCUCGAGGCGUUGGCCUCUCUCGGACAGCAUGCGAAGUUGAACUGCAUUACCAAAGUUCCAGGGCAAGCUGGAAGAUGUUGAAAUGCAAGAGCAGCGGCUCACAGAGCGAGGGUGGGCAGGAAGAAGAUGAUGCCUCUCCGAGGAAGAAGCUGGCCGUCUUCGUCUCCGGUGGGGGUUCCAACUUCCGCUCCAUUCACGUGGCCACCGUUCGCGGAUCGGUUAAUGGUGAUGUGGUUCUUUUGGUCACCGACAAGCCUGGUAAUUAUUCGUCUGUACUUGGAUGGUGAUGAUAUUUGCGAAUUCUUCUUUGCUGUUGCUUCCAAAAAUCUACCAUGUUUAUUGGAGCCAAAUUGUAAAUCUGUAUUUUUCAUGAACCUACUGUGUCUGUUAAUAGCAUUAGAUUCUGUUGUUCCAAAUCAUGCACUUGCUGCUGUUCCCGGUUUGGCUUUGGAUAAGCGUCUUUGGAAUCAUUGAUGGGUGGGUUUUAUUUACGGGAUAUUAGCAAUGAUCCUUGCGGCAAUCCUAGGAAGCCAAGUGUUUGGUUCCGUGAUUGGAUUUAGUAAUGCCUGAUUUCUUGGGUAAGAUGUUGAUCCAUGUGAUUGCUUAUGAACAGCCUAUGAAAAUUCCUCUUUUGAUCCUUGAGAUUUUUCAUAAAUUAUUUCUUCCCGAAAGGUAUAUGCAAGUUAUUAAUUUUGGUAUUUCUCAAUGGCCAAAUUUUCCGAAACCUUCAUAAUCCGAAGAAAACCACGCGAUGUGGGCAAGAACAGAAACCCCAUCGGGAUUGACUGUUCGGUCUGAUAUAGUUCAUUUGAGAUAGUAGAUUCAUCCAUGUGAUUCUAGUUGAAACAAGUAACUUCAACGUGUCUGCAGAUUUUUUCUCAGUGCCAAAGUCUUAGAGGAAUGGGGGGCUCCUGCUUUUUUCUUUUUUUAUAUAAGGAAGGUUGAGGGGUGGGGUGGGUAGGGAUAGGUUGCUUUGUAAGCAUCCUUUGGGUGGCUUCAUUGGGCUGUCCUCAGCUCAGGCAACAACCAUGAUGGGGAUUUUCUCGGAAGCUAGCACAGAUUUACCCCAGUCAUGAACUCUAUCAAUGCUGAGUUCUUGAGAUUAAUGGUCUUCACUAAACCAAUGCACUCCGGUUUCUAUGAAAGUUUGGUGAUUGGUGGCGUGAGUAUCUUCGGAAUCCAUAAUUCUUUUAUAAAAUGAUGAACUUAUAAUAAUUAGAUAUGCCAAGUGAGGGCAAGAACAUCUAUUUUUCUUUGUUACAUUUACUCUACCAACUUCCUAUCCAGCUCUAGCUCUCUCUCUCUCUCUCUCGCUCUGUUUCUCUCUCAAUUCAAUUUGUUUGCAUGCUAAAUUUGUUUUGGACAUGAAUUUCAGACUGUGGUGGCGCCCAGCAUGCAAGAGAUCAUGGUAUUCCGCUUGUUAUAUAUCCGAAGGCUAAAUCGUCCUCUGAGGGACUAUCUCCAGAUGAACUUGUAACUACUCUAAGGUGAGUGAAUAUACCCUCAUUAAUUUAUUUUUUCUUCUCUUGGAGGCACUUUUGUGGUCAAUUGAUUUGGAUUGGCCUUUGUAAACAUUAAGAACCAUGGAAAAUCCUGUUUCGCGAACUGUUUGGAUGUAUGAUGUUGUAACAUUGGCUAAUAUGCAUAAACUGAUAAAAGAACCAUCUUCAACAUGACAUAGUUUUUGAAGGUGGCGGAUGUUCUUCACAAUCUUGCACAGUCAAACCUUUUCAAAUCCCUCCCUGCCGAUUGAGAGAUAUGCAACAGAGUAGCGUAUAGCCUUGGGAUAUUCCCGUUGAUGAAACUUGUUAUGAACAAUAACCAAAAUCCAGUGGUUAUAUAUGAUCUGGGCUAGUGUCUUUGUGGUUUGGACGAUCCAAUGCUUGCACAGGCUGGAGAAGACGUUGCUGUUUUUGUUAUUUUAUUCUAGAAUACUCUCACAUCGGAAAUAUUAGUUAAAAACCAUUGUGCUAAGAUAGAUGGUCCAUUUAUUUAUGGAAAAACAUUUCCAAAUUCCUUUAUAUGUUUGUGGAUGAAAUUCUAUUAGAUUUACGUAAUUUGAAUUGCAGAAAAUGUUCAGUUCCUCUAUUGAACGAUAUUCGGAUUUUUAUUUUUUUCCAGCUAAUAUAGAAGGAUCAUGAUCUAAUCGCUGGCAUUUUGUCUGUUCUUGUAAUUUCAUGAUUUUUAUUUUAUUCUUUUUAAGCAAGUUUCUCUGAGAUGGUGUUCUUUGAUUGGGCAGGGAAUUUGGUGUAGAAUUCAUUCUCUUAGCUGGGUACUUGAAGCUGAUACCCACUGAAUUGAUACAGGCUUAUCCAAGGUCGAUUUUGAACAUCCACCCUUCUCUUCUUCCAGCUUUUGGAGGCAAAGGGUUUUACGGCCUGCGGGUGCAUACAGCUGUCAUUGCGUCUGGUGCAAGGUAAGAGAGAGAGGGAGAGAGAGAGAGAGGUGGGGGGGGAUUAGGAACCGAUUCUUGACCAAUCUGGCCUGACUUGGAUCCGGUUCUUGGUCGAUUUGAUCCAUUUUUCUCGGGUUCUUGGCGGCAUUCUAUUCAGCCAGACUGAAAAUCUGUGUGGAUUAAGAUUGACCACUUCUGAUCUUACCUGUCGAUUCAUGCGGGUGUUUCCACUUUAGGAGUUCGAUUCAUUAAUCUGUGACGCUCUCCACUUUUACCCUGGCCCGUUGACUUAUUUGACUUAUUUUUCAUCGUUUUGUAAGAUAUUCCGGUGCCACCAUACACUUUGUGGAUGAACACUACGACACUGGUCGGAUCCUCGCCCAGAGAGUUGUUCCAGUCUUGGCAGAUGACACUCCUGAGCGACUUGCAGGAAGGGUACUCAGCGAGGUAAGAGAUGGGACCUAGCCUAAAUCUUCGGGCGCCAAAAUCUUCCUCACUGUUCUGUCUUAAGAUCGCCUUGUCUCUCUCUCUCUCUAUCUCUGUUGUUGUGUACAAAUGGAUGAGGGCCAUGGCUGGGACUAUCCUUCCCUAGGCCAGGCUUCACAGGCGCCUACCAUUCUCCAAAAAGGGUGGUUUUCUCCAUAGAGUAAAGUGGGCUGGAGCCAGAGUCAAUCCAAGUUCUCUCUCUCUCUCUCUCUCUCUCUCUCUCUCUCUCUGUAUAUAUGUACUGAGACGAUAUUGGCGCUCGUUCUCACUCCUCUUGGUCAUCCCUGUUUUCUUCUGACUCGCGUCUCUCUUGUUCCAGGAGCACAAGCUGUACACACAGGCUGUGGAGGCCCUCUGCGAAGGGAGAAUCUCCUGGAGAGACGAUGGCGUCCCGCUCAUCCAGAGCCGGGACGACCCAGAUGAGUACAGUUGA